AUGGCUGAAGGCUUUAUCCAGAAGAAAAAUUCAAAGAGCUUGGAGGAUCUUGCGGAGGAUUACUUGAUAGAUCUGAUUGGAAGAAGCUUAAUAACAGUUGCCAAAAGGAGGUCGGAUGGCGGAGUCAAAUCAUGCCGACCUCAUGACUUGGUACGUGCUCUGUGCUUGCUAAAAGCCAAAAAAGAAAACUUUUUGGAGUUCAUAACUAGUGAUGACGAACCUUAUGCUUCUUUUGAUGAUGAUCUGGAUUUGGAAGAAUUUGAACCUUCGUACCCCAUGAAUUAUGAUGGAUAUCGACUAAGCAUUUCUACGAGGCAAAAUCACUUUGUUAUGUCGACGCCUUCUAGCUCCUAUGUUCGUACUCUACUGUUCUUUGCCACCAGUGAUACAUAUCCUAGAUGCCCUUAUGAUAUCUCAUUCAUUUCUAGGAACUUUAAGCUUCUUAAGGUUUUGGAUUUGGAAUGCAUCAAUAUUGGCAAUUUGUUUGCAGCGGGGAUUGAUUUACUUCUUCAUUUGAUUUAUUUAGCUGUUGGCGGUGACAUAGACUGUAUUCCAUCGUCAUUAGCCAACUUGAGGAAUCUUGAAACUUUCCUUGUCAAGGGAUUGAAAGGCAAAGUUAUAUUACCCGAUGCAAUUUGGCACAUGGCAAGAUUGAGACAUGUUCGUGUAAAAGAUCGUCUUAGCUUCAACUUGAAAGAUCUUCAGGUUGGAAUUUCUACCCAAUUAAAUAACUUGGUCUCUCUCUCCUCGGUAUCUCUUUCUCCUGGGGAACAUGCUGAAGAAAUAAUAAGAAGGUUGCCAAUUGUUCGAAAGUUGAGUUGCAGCAUUUUAAGAUCAAGAAAUUAUUCCAUGGAGUGCACUGAAUUUCCAAGAUUGGAACGUUUGACCAAGUUGAUGGCACUGAAGAUAUUGUACCGCGGUAAGGGUCUUAAUGUGAGUGCAUUUUACUUCCCCAUGAGUCUUAAGAAGUUGUCUCUGUCAAAUUUCUUCCUGCGAGGGGAUCAUAUUUCAACAAUUGGGGGCCUAGAAAAUCUUGAGGUUCUCAAACUCUGUUCCAUAGUUUUUGAGCAUACAAAUUGGCAGAUGAUUGAUGGCAGAUGA